AUGCGGCCGAGGAAAACAGAGAAUCCCGGGGAAAGCUCCUCUUCGGCCCCGGGUCCCCGCCCCGCUCCCACGGCGAAGCCUCGGGAACUCGCGGCUCUACAGACGCAGUCCCCAGCCCGCCACGGCGGGCGCCCGGCCGGCCGAGGUCUCCCGGAGCUGCGCCGCCGCCAUCAGCCUCUUCCUCCUCGGCGCUGUCCUCCUCCUUCUCAUCGCCACAAGGAGGCGGGGGCGAAAAAGGGGGAGAGGAGGAGGCGACCAGAGACACUCACCUCCUCCCGGUGCCCCCUCCCGGGCCUGCGCCCCCACCCUGCGAGCCCUCCUCCUCCUACUCCUCCUCCUCCUCCUGCCGCUGCGCUCCGCGCCGCCGCCGCACCAGCCCCUAAUGGCCGCGCCGAGCCCCGCCGAGCCGAGAGCCAGAGUGGCGCCGCCGCCGCCUCACAUCGCGCGGCCGACAGCGGAGGCGAGGCGACGACGGAGAGCGCGGAGCUUCCCCCCGGCCCGGGGGGCCGGGCCGAGCAGGGCCGCCCGUCCGCCCGCCCGCAGGCCCGCGCCGAGCCCACCGACGCGGCCUCUCCGCGCACCGCGCUCCCCGCCUCCGCCCGCCAAGCCGCGGAGGGAGACGAGCGCGGCCGCCUCUCCGGCCCUCGCCCCCCCCGGCUGCCGGUGCCGGGCGCUCCCGCCCCCCCGGGGCUCGGCUCGGGGCCGCCGCGGACGGCGGGCGAAGGCGCCGCGGGGCCCGGGGUUAUGUAA